AUGUUGAAUAAGAAAAUAAUUUAUUUAUUUGGGUAUGAAAAAGGGGCUUCCACAACUCCCACACCACACCCCUCAACCCCACCAGCACUUGUAAGACUAUUAUUACAGGUCGUGUAAUUGUCAACUAACUACAACACAAACAAUUCCAAACCCCAUUCCUUCUUCCCCCGCGGUAGAAAUUACAACACACUUAGCAGCCAUGACUAUUCAGAAAUUCCACGAUUCCACCGGAAAGAUGACUCGGUUCUACCGGAAAAUCAUCCACGUCAACAUCCGGUGGAGCAUCGUUGAGAAAUUCACCGUUCUCCGGCGGUUCUUCCGGAUUAUCUGGGAGAGAAUUCUCGUGUGCUCCGUCAGGAUGCCUAAUGCUGGAUACCGCCGACUCUCCACAACAUCAAACUCUUCUUCUUCUUCUUCAAUGGAGGCUACGGAUUCCGGCUUCGGAAACAGCGAUGACCACGGCGCUACGACGUCGUCUAGCGGCGGCUACGACAGCGACUCCGAUUUAGUCUCCUUGAAGAUCAGUAUAUUGGGCGAUUGCGAGAUUGGGAAGACUACUUUUGUGAUUAAGUAUGUUGGAGACGAAGAAGAGAAGAAAAGUUUGCGGAUGAAGGGGCUAAAUUUAAUGGAUAAAACACUGCAUAUUAGAGGUGCAAGGAUUGCUUUCAGAAUAUGGGAUGUUGGAGGUGAUGGCAAGUCCUUACACCAAGUUCCAAUUGCUUGUAAAGAUGCUGUAGCUAUUCUGCUCAUGUUUGAUCUUACCAGUAGAUGCACUCUAAACAGUAUGAUUGGCUGGUACAGUGAAGCAAGAAAGUGGAAUCAGACUGCAAUUCCAAUAAUGAUUGGGACCAAGUUUGAUAAUUUUGUCCAACUUCCGCCGGAUAUCCAAAGGACCGUCGUAACUCAGGCACGGGUAUAUGCGAAGGCUAUGAAAGCGACGCUCUUCUUUUCAAGCUCAACACAUAACAUCAACGUAAACAAGAUCUUCAAGUUUAUCAUGGCUAAGCUUUUCAACUUGCCUUGGACUCUUCAGAGAAAUUUGACAAUUGGUGAACCCAUUAUUGACUUUUAAUUUUCUCCUAUUUUUCUUAAAGAUAUAGUAAAUUUGACCUGUAUAUAUAUAGAUAUAAAUUUUGCCUUACGUGGAAUCUGUAAUUGCAUAUAACUUGUCUUUGCAAGCUGCUAACACGGCCCAGAAAUGUAGUCCUUCGAGACAGUUAAUUUUUUUAUUUUUUUUAUCGUUUUGGGGAAUCGUACUAGAAGGAAAUUUCUUUACCACCAA